AUGAAGUCUGGUCUUGUUCUCCUCGCUACUGUGGCAUCUGUCUCCGCCCACUCAACAUGGCAACAACUCUGGGUCGGCUCUGACGAUAAGGCUGGAACCUGUGUUCGCACAGUCAAGGACAACUCUCCCAUCGCUAGUCUGACUUCUACCGACAUGUUCUGUGGCCGCGGACCUGCUACAUCGUCUGGUGUGUGCGAGGUCGCUGCCGGCGGCUCGCUCACUGUCGAGAUGCAUGCCCAGCCCGGUGACCGCAAGUGCACCCAGCCCGCCAUCGGCGGUGCCCACUACGGACCCGUUCUCGUCUACAUGGCCAAGGUCGCCGACGCAAAGACCGCCACCUCCGGCUCUUUCUUCAAGGUCGCAGAGGACGGCUACUCUGGCACCACAGCAUCAUGGGGAACCGAAAUCCUCAACGCCAACUGCGGAAAGCGCGCGUUCACCGUCCCCAAGAACAUCGCUUCUGGUGACUACCUUGUCCGUGCUGAGGCACUUGCCCUACACGCCGGUGUGGGGCAGCCCCAGCCUUACGUCUCCUGCUUCCAGGUCAAGGUCACCGGUGGAGGCAGCGCGAACCCUGCUGGUGUUUCGUUCCCUGGUGCGUACAAGCUCAGCGACGGACUCUUCACAAAGGCCAUCUACGACUCGAGCUUCAAGUACGUCAGCCCCGGCCCAGCUGUCUACUCUGGUUAA